ACCAUCUGAUUUUCGCAGUCGUACAUUCAAAGAUUCAAGGAUUAAGUCGAUUAUCUCUUUGCGUUAUAAGACGAACUGUGUAAAUGUUGUCUCUUAAUUAAAGAUAAGGCUGCUUCGGCCAAAACGAACCAAAGAAAGAUUUGCUUUAGAAUUUUCAAUGAGAACUUUUUGCGGAACUCUUCCCCCCUUUUAUUUGCUUCCCAUAGAUACAUACGUACGUCUAUAUGGACAUAGCAUAUACCUUUACAGAUUAUGUUUACGGUUAUGAUGUAUUUUGUUGGCUGGCAAAGAGAAGCGCUUUUAUCGGGCAGCAAUUACGCGUAAUCGCGAGAAGACAAAUGCGUCGAUCUCGCGUGAUUAUGCGUCCUACGCGAAACUCGUUUCGAUUCAUUGAAACGAUUGAGGUUUCUCAAGGAACCGAAUCACUGACGGUCCACCACGCGUAUGCCUGAACUAAUCGUAGAGGCAAACGGACACGUUUGCGUUCAUUUAUUUGGGAACAACCAAAGGCGAUUCGAAGACCAAAGUGAUUAAUGAACGUUUCUAAAGACAUUGCUCUUUUUAAUUGAUCAUUCGAAUAAAAAAUUGUCGACGUAUUAAUUACUUAUAUAACGAGCGAGGAAUAAAAAGGAAAGAAAACGUUCGACGUAACAGUUUUUGAGCUCGAAUUCGAAUGGAAAUAACGAGAUACUUACGCGCGAUCGAUCCCACCCUUGUUUUCCCUUUUUCGUAUUCCUCCUUUAUACGAUAUUUAUCGGACUCAAGUACCGCAGUCUGGCGCGUUCGAUCGAACAUUCAAGCGCGCAUUCUUUGCGCCGUCCGACCAAUAAUCCUACUCCGUCUGUCAAACUUUAUAAAGAAUCCCGCCAUAAUUCUCGGCCCUGUGUUAUUGGUCAUGAUGCAGAGAACCGUUAAUUUCAGCGGCGUGCUAUUGGUCAUGACGCAAAAUCGUUAACCCUUUUGCUCCGAAGCCGGUAUAUGUAUAUAUAUAUAUAUAUAUAUGUUCAUGAAGAAUGGAAUAGGAAGGGCGUAUUUAUGCGUCUAUAACUAUAUUUGCUGUAUUUAUUUAUUUCUUUUUUUUCCAUUAUAUCUUUUCCACACUUCUCUACUGGCAUAGGAUUAUUCGGCAACAAUGGAUGUCUCAUCAUCGGACAGUCGAUUAUCAUGAGACAAGAAGAAACUAAGAAAUAAAUUUCAAAUUGUAAUGGAUGUCAAUGAUAUACAACGUUCUAUUCGUUUUCACGGAAUCUUUUUACUCGAAUAAAAUUAAUCGAUUUAGAAAGAUAAAAGUAACAAAAUGCAACGUUGUUUUAUGCGUCGUAUCGUGUUUUGAAAUUUUUCACACCAACAAAAUUGUUCAUUUAUAUUUGCAUAAUUUUUACACUCCAUAAUUAAAAAUACUACAUGUAUGUAAAUGGAAAAAGAGGAAAAAAAACACAAAAAAAAAAAAAAUAAAUUAUGAUUAUUUGCAAAAGUAAUUGUACUCAUUAUUAACCUCACUAUAAACCUCGUCUUAAAGUUUGAAGAAGAAAAAACGCGCUGUCCGUAGUAGGGUAGACUCGUCUAGAGACGAUCACGUGUGCUUAGUAAACGCACCGGAGAAAACAAGGUUAUUAAUUUAAAUUGAAAUUAAUUUAAAUCGAAAAUAAAUAGUACCAUAAAUUACUGUGAAUCUUCACCUUCCUAUCGAAAUCCAGGAUAUUUCCGGCAAGGCAUUUAUUUUAACCGCUUACUGUUAUUUACAAAACCAACUAUACGCAGUUUAUCUUAUCGUAUUGCAUUUGCACAGAAUUUUUUUUUAUACGCUGUGCAUAUGAAAUAUAAAAACGAAAUGAAAAUCUCUUAGAACCUUAAUUCGUUAGGAUUUGGCGUUGCCACCGUAUUCGUGCAAAAAAAUAAUUUCGACUAUAACGAGAUACCCGUGCCUACAAUUAUUACGACGGAAAAGAGAUAAAACGCGAAAUAGAUAGAAUAGGAGAGUAAGAACGAAGCAGAGCGCACGGCGAGGGAGAGAGAGAGAGAGAGAGAGAGAGAAUAAAAUUGGUUAGGUUGAUAAGAUACGACGAAUGAUGAUUUUGAUAAACGUUACGCCUUUAUUAGGUAAAUUAAUCGAUAUCGCAUAAAUUUUGGAUUUUGAGGAAACGUAAGAAAAAAAGAAUCUUGGUUCGAAUGCGAUAUAGACGCGAAUCUCGGUUGAUACAUUUUAGUCGAUCACGAAGCAAAGCCGAGGCGGGAAAUUUGAAAUAAAAGUUACGAAAUACGAAUCGUUUGAACGUGAAACGACAUUUCGACAGCCUUAUAAUCCUAAGUAAACGCGUUGCCGCCGUUAAUUCGAGCGAAAUCGUUUCGUCUCUUUGUUGAAUCAACUUCGUAGAACUAAUUACAAAGUCUCAAGGCUCGAACGUUCAAACUUAAUUACUCCGACUCACGAUUCGUUUCUUCCUCCUCUUUCCUAGCCAUCCGUCCGUCCAAAUGAAUCUUCAUUUUGGAAUAAGUUGUUGUAAGAAGUAUAACUCAGGCGCGUAGGUGGCUUGCAAAAGUAUUGAAAAAUUACGUUCGACUGAACCCUAACGAGGAUUUUUGGAUUUACGAACGAUAUCGGUGUCGAUAGCGACCGAUAUCGAUGCUCGCUUCACAUUUAUAAAUCUCUCCUAUGAAUUGUCCGGUUGCAAUCCUGCUGAUUUAAUUAAUGUCAAUCGAUCGAUCCGCAGAUAUAAACGUUUGACGCGUCAGAUGCCACCGAAGCGUUAUCUCUGAUUUUCUCUAUUUGUACAGGAAUUUUAUUUUAACCUUUAGCAUCGUACGCAAACGGAUAUGAUUUUCCCUCUCGAAUCGAUACCUUCUCCGGUAUAUAAUCUGCACAACUUUUACUUUGAUUUUACAAAAGGCUCGCAACUUCUACGGUUACCAUCUUGAUUCGCGUAUUCCGUUACGUCGAAUCAACGAUAUACCGAGGAUGUACGGAAAACUAUUUUUAGUUGCCGAAUUGCUCGUGCUAGCGCACGAUUCUACAGCACUACACGGAAAGGUCAAUUUCACGAAAUUCUUCGAGAGUCACUUGCGCAACGAUCUUCCCUAUUUAUCGGAAAAGUACAACAACGACAGAGAGGCCGAAGAACUGGAAGACUUUCGACUACUCGAUCGGCAGAAUCGAAAUUUAAUGCCCGAAUAUCGAAGUCUCUGCGAAACCGUGACAAGAAGAGUACAGUUCAACGAUGAAAAUUACGAGUAUCAACCGCCUCAUUAUCACGAAGUCUAUUGCAAGAGUUACUCGUUUCUCGAUCCAGCGAGCGAACGAAUGACAAGAUCGUCCUCUAAACAGAAAUGCGCUCAUCCUGUCUUUCAUUGCGUCCAAAGGAGUAGAACUCUCUUCUUAGUCAGACGCGCCUGGGACAGCGAUUGUUGGGAGCCUUUCACCAAAGAAAUCGCCAGUGGUUGCGAUUGCAUGUGGCCGGUCUCUCUUCUCGGCGACAUCACUGCACAUUAUUAAUUUCUCCAUCGACGGGAAAUACGGCUCGUUAUUAAUAAUCCUCAUCGAUGCGACUUAAAAUUGCGCAUUUUUGAGGAAAAUCUAAUCUAUAAUAAUCCGUAUGAUGUUAGAUCGGUUGCAUCUGCGUGUUGAAUAAAAUUUUUCCAGAUCGGA